GUCAUUAGUCUACAAAAAUUGAAUAGAUGCAAUUUUAGAUAGUGGAAGACUGGAAGCCCAUUGGCUAUAACUCUAUGGUCACUAAGAAAUUUGAGUGAAAUGUGAGAAGGGAAGUUUUUUUUAUUCAAGAGAAUGAAUAUUUGGGAGUAGUGAAAAUUGUGAGAGAAAAGGUAGAGCAAUUUUUUCUUUUGGUGAAAAUCAAGAGUCUAGAAGGGGUGCUCUAACCUUUAGCUAUUAAUCAUGCAAGGAGUUUGAACUCCGAUAGAAUCAAAGUACAAUCAAUACCGUAAAACGGGCUCCGGAGCAUCUAACAUAUGAAUUCCUAUGGGAAGAGAAUGACCAACCGCCGCUAAGUAAUUUGCCACAAAAUUACUCUCCCUGAAUACAUGACGAAUAUUGACCUUCCGCUCUCUAUCCAACAGCCUUCGGACGUAGGUGAUCAAGGUGUGGUUGGGGAUGCCGCUCAUCAUCUGCACUCAACAGCUUAACAACUGUCAUCGAGUCUGUCUGCACAAUUAACUUCCGGAAUCCCAUCUUCCAAGCAAUGUCCAAGCCAUGCGCAAUCCCCACAAGCUCCGCAUGGGUGAUCGAUCCCCCGCCCAGGUUAACCGCAUAGCCACGGAGGAAUCCGGCGUCACUUCCUCGGAGCACAACACCCGCCGCCGAGCUGCCUAGUGGCGAAUGCACAGAACCAUCCGAAUUCAGAAAAGUAUAGCAAUGAAAAUGAUGGAAAAAUAUUUAAUUAAUUUUACUAUAGUAUGGGUUGCUAAACGUGGUGCUAAAUAUAUUUAUUUUAUUCUUUUUUUUCCUUCCUUUUUUCAAAGAUUGAAAAAUCGUACCAUAUCGGUGGUUCGAUAAGAAAAACCUUUUACCAGAAGCUAAACUGGUAGGCAGUAUAUAGCAGUAUGCAAUGGUUGAAUCGUGUAAAGUACCCUACGGCUAACUUUUUCAAAACAACCUCCAAUAUGGUAUUUCAAUCCUUGAUCCAUCCAACAAACACAACAUUCACAAAAAAGAAAAACACUUGUCAUCUUUCUCUUUUAGCACUCACCUUAAUCGCUAUUGGGUUGUUGGCAUUGUCAGUAUCUCCAAGUCACGAAUAGCGAAUCCGACGAGAUAAAUUUCGACUAGAAAUACUUGAAUUUGGCCAAUUGGUCGGACCAAUUUUCGUUUUAAGUUGGACCAUGGCGAGAACAAGACAAAAUUUCGGUUCAGGAGCUAGGUUAAUACAAAACUACAAUCAAAGUUCCAAACUUUUUAAACACUUUGCUUACAAAACCAUGACAGCUUUGGUGCUACAUUUAUGAUAUCAAACACACUCAAACCUCAACUUUCCUCUCCCUAAGCCACUUCUGAACCCAACCCUUCAUCCUCCCUUUGCUGCGUUUGGAUAAAGUAAUCCAUUCUUGGAAAGGUGGGAUGAACAGAUAGAGUUGACUAAGUGAACCCUCCAAACCAAAUUGUAUCUCUCUCUUUCACCUUCAUCUGCCACCUCCACCACCCCAUGUUUAUGUCUUGCCUUCAUUACCCGCCAAAACUUUCACAUACAUUUACUUAUUUGAAACCCUACCGAUAAAAGAAAUGGCAACUGGAUCAUUUCUUAAUACAUUUGUGUUCCUAUAUCUAGCCUCACAUCUCCCAAAUUACUACACAGCUCAAUCGCUGAUCUAUCCUUCUUUCUUCAAGCCCCCUCUUCCCCUGGUUUUGUUACUAGCAAGUACCUAGUGGCUAUGAAAUUCGUCGUAACUACUGGCGUGAUCGCCAUCGCAAUGGUGGUCGCGACUUUGCAUCUGACUGCCAUCAACGUUUCAGCUGCCAUCCCUAGUUACUGGAAAACAGAAGUCGUGUUGUGCAACGAAACUUCGAGCCGUUGCAUGGGCGCACACAUAGGCUGCCCCGAGGAAUGCCCCUCCACUCGAAGACCGAAUGCCGAGGGCAAAAUUUGUCAUGUCGAAUGCGACCACCCGAUUUGUAACGCCGGGUGCAGGACGCGCAAACCGAACUGUGACGCCCCAGGAUCGGCUUGCUACGACCCACGCUUUGUGGGCGGAGACGGCAGGGUGUUCUACUUUCACGGAAAGAGCAACGAGGUCUUCACCUUGGUCUCAGACCCCAACUUCCAGAUCAACGGACAUUUCAUCGGCCACCGGCCCGUCGCUAGACCCCGUGAUUUCACAUGGAUUCAAUCCCUCGGAAUCCUCUUCGACUCCCACAAAUUCACCCUCGAGGCCACGAAGGCUGCGACAUGGGACAACGAGGUGGACCAUCUUAAGUUCACCUAUGAUGGCCGAGACCUUUCGGUCGAAGAAGGCUCUCUCUCCGCCUGGUCCUCUCAGGACAAAGACAUCGCGGUGGAGAGAGUUUCGAGCAAGAACAGUGUCAUCGUCACGAUCAAGAACAAGGCCGAGAUCCUGGUCAGUGUGGUGCCGGUGACCAAGGAAGAUGACAGAGUACACAAGUACCAAAUACCGGAACAUGACUGUUUUGUCCAUCUGGAAGUCCAGUUCAGGUUCUUCCAUUUGUCGCCGAAUGUCGAAGGAGUACUGGGCAAGACUUACCAGCCCGACUUCGAGAACAAUGUCGCGAAACCGGGCAAGGCAAUGCCCGUCAUGGGAGGCGAGGAUAAGUACAGAACCUCGGACCUUCUCUCUGCAGAAUGUGGUGCUUGCAUCUUCUCCGAAGCAGAGGAACAGAGCUCAAAGCAGGGGAUGGGUACUAACUUUCCUACCCUUGACUGUACCAGGGGAGCUGCUGCUGCUGGAUAUGGGAUUGUUUGCAGGAAGUGAUUAUUGAUUCAUGAUGUUCAUCAUCAUGGGCUUCCAGUCUGAAUAAAAUUGUAGUCCAAUU